UCCCGGGGGCUGAGAAAAAAUGUGCGGAAGCGUGGCGGCGCCGGUGGUUGUUUUCGACUUUGAUAGAACGAUAAUCGACGACGACAGUGACCGAUGGGUGGUGACUGAAAUGGGUUUGACCCACCUUUUCAACGAACUGCGCCACACCAUGCCGUGGACCUCUCUGAUGGACAGAAUGACGGAGGAGCUGCACUCUCACGGGAUCACCACUCACCACAUUGUAGAGUGUCUGAAAAGGGUUCCUUUGCAUCCAAGCACUGUUUCAGCCAUCAAAUCUGCACAUGCUCUUGGGUGCGAUUUGAGGAUAAUUAGCGAUGCGAAUCUGUUUUACAUCCGGAACAUUCUGGAACACCAUGGCUUGUUAGAGUGCUUUUCUGAGCUGAAUAGCAACCCAGCUUUUGUAGAUGAAGAGGGACGCCUUCGUAUCACACCCUUUCACCAUUCUCCCCUCUCUCCUCACACUUGUCCCUUGUGCCCUUCCAAUAUGUGCAAGGGAUUAGUAAUAGACCGAAUCCGAGGUUCUUUGCCGGAUAAGAAAAGAAGAUUCAUCUACAUCGGAGAUGGAACAGGGGAUUAUUGCCCAACUUUGAAGCUGGGGGAAGAUGAUUUUGUGAUGCCAAGGAAGAAUUAUCCCCUCUGGAACCGGAUUUGUAGUGACCCAAAAUUAGUUAAUGCAAAGGUUCAUGAUUGGAGCAAUGGGGAGGAGUUGAAGAUCAUACUACUCAACCUUAUCAACAUAGAUCAAGCGGUAGCUAGCAUCCCCCACUAAUGGUGAGGAAUGAGAGUCACACACCCCUUCCCCAUAGGUAGCGGUGUUAGCUCGUAAGACACCAAAGAAAGGAAACUUCAGUUUAUUAAACUCAAAUGAUUGCUUUGAAGAAUU